GCAUGUGUGAGAGCGGCGAUAGUAGCGAUAGUAGAGCAGCGAUCGGUCUGUGGAAAAAGAUGCUCAACGCGCUCUUCGUCUCAUCUCGUGUCACUGAUCCUGCUGCUCCACGGAUCAAGUCCAAGCCCACUCAUUCUGCGAAGGCCCCUGUGCCAUGAGUCCUCCAGCCGUGUAUGAAAACCAGAAGGAUCCAAGAUGCGGAUAAAAGUGUGCCGGGGAGUGAGUGGCAUCCUCGCCGUUACCAUGGUGACCAGCUUGAUGUUGGUCUACAAAGUUAUUCACAGUGACAGACCACCCAUAUCACCUUCAUCAGUGGCCACAUCUACCCACAGUUCAGCCCGGAUGCCUGGUACUGCUGUGAAAAUGCUCAACGAACUACCAGAAAAGCCCCCAGUGACAGUGCUUCAGGGAUACACAGCUAUCUUGGACAGAAAGCCCUUGAAGAUGCAUUGCAAAACAUGUGCCCUUGUAACCAGCUCCGGACAACUAGUCAGCCGAAAUAUGGGUGAAGAAAUAGACCAAUCAGAAUGUGUGAUUCGUAUGAAUGAUGCUCCCAGUCUUGGCUACCAAAGGGACGUUGGCCGGCGCACCAGUCUACGUGUAAUAGCUCACUCCAGCCUCCAGAGGGUACUAAGGAAUAGGCAGCAGCUGUUCAACUCCAGUCUGGAGACAGUCUUUAUUUUCUGGGGUCCAAGUCACCUCAUGAGAAGAGACGGCAAGGGUCAUGUUUACAAUCACCUGCGCCUGUUGAAGCAAGUGAUGCCGACACUCAAAAUCUACGUGAUCUCUCGGAUUCAGAUGCUGAAAUUUGAUGAGCUAUUCAAGAAAGAAACUGGCAUAGACAGGAAAAAAUCCAACUUAUGGCUGAGCACUGGCUGGUUCACCAUGGUCACAGCCCUGGAGUUGUGUGACAGAAUCAGUGUGUUCGGCAUGGUGCCACCCGACUACUGCAAAUCGUCCACGCGUCGCUCCGUGCCAUAUCAUUACUAUGAGCCCUCAGGGCCAGAGGAGUGCUCCAUGUAUCUGUCUCAUGAGAGGAGCAGGAGAUGGAGCCAUCACUUCAUCACUGAGAAGAGGGUCUUUUCGAACUGGGCCCAAAAUCAGAGCAUAGACUUCCACCAGCCACAGUGGGCACCCUCUGCUGUCAGGAACAGUUCAUUCAGUGUUGCAUCAACUGCUGUUGUUGCUGGAUCCUGAGGUUUCUUUAGUGUGAGUACGGUGUGAAAUAUGAGUGUGGACACUUUUGGCCAUACACAGCCACAACUGAGUUGUUACAGUGGUUGUUACAGCUGUUCACCCUGUUCUCAGUCAGCCUAGAAGAUAUGCACAGAGCAAUAACAGUGUUGUGGAAAUUUAAUGGGAUGAAGUCAAGUCAUAGAAGAGUUAAGAAAGUUUAAAUGGCAAAGGAGACAGAGUUUUAUUUUCUGUGGGGUUCCUUCUUUUUAUAUAGAUAUUUCUGUUUCACAUAUGCUAUAAAAAUGCAUCUGCUCCUGAAAAACAAACUAAUCCAGAUGGGAGUUGAUUUUUCUCUGGUUAGUUGGAUUACAGAUUACCUCACUGGGAGACCUCAGUAUGCCCAACUGGCGGACAGCACCUCUGACACUGUUGUCUGCAGCAGCGAAUCUCCACAGGGGACUGUACUACCACCAGUUCUGUUUACCGUGUAUACGUCAAACUUUAGAUACAACUCAGAGCAGUGCCACAUGCAGAAGUACUCUGACACAGGCACUGUGGGCUGUAUCAGGAACAGUGACGAAGGGGAAUGCAGGCAGCUGAUUGAGGACUUUGUGUUUUGGUGCACGGCUAACCACCUUCAAUUGAACACUCCAAAGACAAAGGAGAUGGUGGUGAACUUAAGGAGGGCUAGGCCACAGCUGCUGCCUGCGACCAUUGAGGGGGACACUUUGGAGGUUGUAAAGAAUUAUAAGUAUUUAGGCUUACAUCUCCACCACAGACUGGACUGGUCUGAGAAUACAGACUUGGUCUACAGAAUGGGACAGAGCAGGCUGUACUUUCUCAGAAGGCUGAAGUCCUUAAACAUCUACCAGAAGCUCCUGCUGAUGUUCUACCAGACAGUUAUUUCCAGUGUCUUCUUCAAUGCUGAGCUGAGGAAGCCUCAAGAAAAAGGAUGCCGUGCGCUUGGAUAAGAUGUUGAGGAAGGCAGGAUCUGUAAUGGGUGCAAAUCUCGACUCACUCACAUCUGUGGCUGAGAAGAGGGGCCUAAAUAAGCUCCUGUCUAUCCUCGAUAACCCCCAGCACACCCUGCACAGCACCAGAAUUUGCUGCUACCCUCUACCUAUAGGGAUGACUGUUAAAAAAACACCUACACCAUUAUUAUCAUAGCUGUCAACAGUAACCCUCAAAAAACAUGUGUGGUUCAUACUUAAAACUAAUCUGGUUAUUAUCACAUAAUUAUUGCAUUUAGAGACACUAAAUUCAUGUUGGUAAGGUUUGCCCCUAUAAAAGAUUCACUACAAUGCAGGAUAGAUACUGUAAUGGACUAGACCACCAUUAACAGGUAGAACAUGCGUGUCCCCUCCACUGUAACCAGAAAGAACUAAUUGUUUGCUGUCCUUUUGUGUGUUCUUUUGUGAUUUUAGCAGAAGCGCCUGUACUCAGGUGGAAUGUUAAUGUGGUAACGCUCUCACGCAGAGCGGGGUGUCAUGCUAAGUGCACUGGCUGCUCCUGUGAUCCACGGACUGCACUCUGCAAACCAAUUACCUCCUCUUCAGGUAGAAAGGUUGCGAUGUAAAGGCUUCAAAGGACAGACGGGGUAAAAAGAGCCCCACAGCUGUUAUCUGUAACGCAUUAUUAUUACCGACGACCUUGGAAUACAAAGGCAGGGACAAUCAGACAUUUUAUGAACUAAUUUGGGAUUAAUGUAUUAGCUGUAUCAAGCCGUAUUAAAUUUCUUAUGGUGAAACACAAAUGCUAAAUGGUGUUGUUCUUGCUAUAUAACAUGCUGGUAUGCUUUAAUUUAAUUUCUUAAUUUGAAUUCUUAUUAAUAAAAAUAUAUUUGCCAAAGAAAUUGAAACUAACAUCUUUUAAAUAAAGGCUUUCCCAUUAA